GAUCAAAACCCGAAUAAAAAAACCCUAAUGGGCGGAUUCUCGAUCAUUUCCCCCCUAUUUUAUACUUGCGCAUAGAUUCUUCGCCUUUAUCUUAAUCUCGUAGUGCGCCAAUAAAGAACCAUGAGAGCAUCCCACUGCUGCGAAUCGUGUCAUUAUUUUAUCCCAAUCGUGUCAUUAUUUUAUCCGAUCCCUCUUGUUCUCUUGUCACAGAAAGAAAUCGCUUUUCUCGUCGUUUCUGCGCAUAAAAUUGCAUAAAGAUGGCACCUUUCUCGCCCCCAUCGCGUCUUCCCAAUCCCGAGCCUUCCGAGAACCACAACACCACUCCGGUUAGUGUUCGGUGGGUGCCAUCGUGAGGCUUGUGCUGGGAUUCCGAUGUUUUCCUGCAGCAUGGACUGGUCGAGAAGCACACCUCCCCCACUCCGGUUCUCAUCUACCUCGAGAGCUCUCAGAGUAGUGUAGGGAGCUUCUCCUGGCCAUCUCCUCCAGCUGGCUCCGAGGGAGACUUGUGUGGUGUGGCCUUUUGUUCUGCUGCUACAGUGGAGUGAGGUGACUUAAUGCUGGCUGGUUCAGUUUCACUUCAUUGUGUAAAGCAGUUGCCAAAGCCGACCGCCAGCCACCAUCUUCCUCUCGUGGGCCCUUUCAUUUUAUUUGAUAUUUUGGAUUACCUCCGUUGCUUGCCACACUGUUCACAUAAGCUUCCUUUUCCUUCUGCUUCCGGAUUUUAAGGCAGAGUCUCCGUGAGGAAUGUAAAACUUGAGGUGGAAAGCAAAGAAGAUCACAUUCUUCUCUGAAUGAGGCUUGUUCAACGGGGCUGUUGAUGAAUUUGUAUGUCCAAGCUCAAAAUUAAGUUCUGGCAGCAAAAUUAAAUGUUAUCCAGAUAGCGCCUCCUAAAUCUAGAGGCUGAAGUUCUCUAUACAUCAGACUUUAUCGAUUUGGAAUUAGCAAGUUAUCUGCGUAGGAUGUCAACAAGAGGAAAGAAACCUCAGAUGCUUCGUGCCUUCUCAUUCUUCAUCAUCCUCAUUCUCUGUAUGCCCAUCUCGGAUGCAACUUACACUGGUGAUAUCGAGGAGUUGUUCACUCUCAGAGAUUCACUUGCUGAAAGAAGAAUAUUCCUAUCUAGCUGGUUCAAUGUGGAAACUCCAUGCAACUGGUCAGGCAUAACUUGUGCUGGUCCAACAGUCCAGGCUAUAGACUUAUCUUACACACCCCUUAACGUACGAAUCCCGAGCUGUCUUGGGGAGUUCAGACAUCUCAGAUUACUGAACUUUAGCAGUUGUGACCUGUCUGGUCAUAUUCCAGAAACAUUUGGAGAUCUGCAAAAUCUACAGUCCCUGGACUUAAGCAAGAAUCAUCUAUCUGGAGUCCUUCCUUCUUCACUUGCAAACCUGCAAAUGCUCAGGGAACUUGUGCUUGACACCAAUUCCUUCUCUGGAGGUUUGAGCACUAUUGUUGGACAUCUUAAAGGUCUCACAAAGCUUUCUAUCUCAGGGAAUUCUUUCUCAGGUAGUAUUCCACCUGAUAUAGGGAACUUACAGAAUCUGGAGUAUCUGGAUUUGAGCAUGAAUUCUUUCUCUGGGCCACUACCUAACAACAUGGAAAACCUCAGGAGACUCUUGCACUUGGACGUUAGCCGAAAUGAGCUGUCUGGGUCCAUAUUUCCUGGCAUUGGUUCACUUGGAAAUAUUAUAACCAUCGACCUUUCUUCCAACAGCUUCACAGGAGCUCUGCCAAGUACUAUUGGGAAAUUGACAAGUUUGGAAUCACUUUGGCUGGGACUGAAUGGCUUCACUGGGAGUCUUCCAGUAGAGAUUGGCAACAUGAAGAUGCUCAAAGUUUUCUCUGUCCACAGUUGCAAGUUAACAGGAAUUGUUCCUGAGGAAAUCUCUAACCUGAGAAACUUGACAAAUUUAGACAUUUCAGAGAACAAUUUUGAAGGGGAACUACCGCAAGCUAUUGGAAAUUUGGUGAACCUUAUGUACCUGGUUGCUGCUGAUGCUGGGUUAAGUGGGUCUAUACCAGCACAGCUAGGAAACUGCAAAAAUCUAAAGAUCCUAGAUUUGUCAUUCAAUUUCUUUUCAGGUCCUCUGCCUGGGAGCCUUGCUGGACUAGAUGCUGUUACUACAUUUAUUGUCGAAGGAAAUCAUCUGGAAGGUCCCAUUCCCACCUGGAUUUCAAAUUGGAAGAUGGUGAAUUCCAUAAGAUUGGGCAAGAACCUUUUUAAUGGAUCUUUGCCUCCACUGAAUCUGCCAUUUUUGACUUCAUUCUCUGCUGAUGCCAACCAACUCUCAGGAGAGAUUCCUCCAAAGAUAUGUGAUGCCAAGUCUUUGUCGUCUCUCUCUUUAUCGGAGAAUAAACUGACUGGCAGCAUUGAGAAAACUUUCAAAGACUGUUCUAAUCUCACUGAUUUGGUCCUAGUGGGGAAUAACUUGUAUGGUGAAAUACCAGGCUAUUUGGGUGAGCUUCCCCUUGUGACACUGGAAUUAUCACAGAAUAACUUCUCUGGAAUGGUUCCUAAUCAGCUGUGGAGAUCUCUGACCAUUCUGGAAUUAUCUUUGAGCAACAAUCAGCUUAAUGGUCACAUUCCAAGCAGCAUUAGUGACAUUUUGGAGAGGUUACAACUGGACAAUAAUUUCUUUGAAGGAACUAUACCAAAAUCAAUCGGCUAUUUGUGCAACCUCACCAAUUUGUCUCUUCAUGGAAAUAAAUUAUCUGGAGUGAUACCACCAGAGCUUUUCAACUGCACAAACAUGGUGGCACUGGAUUUGAGCUUGAACAAUCUGACCGGUUCAAUUCCAGGAGCCAUAUCUCAGCUGAAGUUGCUUGACAAUUUGGUCUUGUCUAACAACCAACUUUCUGGUCAUAUUCCCUGUGAGAUCUGCGCUGGGUUUCAGCAGGUUGCUUUCCCUGAUUCAGAGUUCACACAGCAUUAUGGUAUGCUUGAUCUUUCUUACAAUAGUUUAACAGGUCAGAUUCCUGCAGCCAUUAAGAAUUGUGCCGUUUUAAAGGAACUAAGGUUGCAAGGCAACAUGCUCAAUGGAAGCAUCCCUCCUGAGCUGGCAGACCUAACGAACCUGACCUUCAUUGAUCUGUCAUUCAAUUCUCUUAGUGGUCCAAUUCUUAGUCCGAUUCUUUCUCAGCUUUCUCCCUUGCAGAACCUCCAAGGUCUUCUCUUGUCAAACAAUCAAUUUGAUGAUCUCAUUCCAAGUGAGUUGAGUUUGAUGCUCCCAAGCUUAGUGAAGCUCAAUUUGUCAUCCAACAGGCUGACUGGUUCCAUUCCAAAGUCUAUAUUUGAUAUCAAGACAUUAACAGAUAUCGAUAUAAGCCAGAAUUCACUUUCUGGACCAAUCCCAUUCACUGGCAGCAUUGCUAGGGGAACAAGCUCCCUUCUGAUAUUCAAUGCCAGCAACAACAAUUUAAAUGGUGCAAUAUUGGAGUCAGUGUCAAAUCUGACCUCCCUUGCAGUCCUUGAUCUCCAUAACAACAGUCUCAUUGGAAGUUUGCCAUCGUCACUUUCCAAACUUGAUUAUCUGACUUAUCUUGACCUGUCUGAUAAUGAUUUUCUUGGUGAUAUCCCUUGUGGCAUUUGUGGUAUCACUGGACUUUCUUUUGUCAACUUUUCUGGUAACAAGUUAGACAGGUACUCAGAGGAUUGUGCUUUAGUGAAUUCAUGUCUGUCACACCACAUCCUUUCCUCUCCCGUUGUCCCUUAUCCACCAUCUCCAACACUAACUGAAAGCUCAGUCUGGGGUAUUACUCUUGGUGCAGCUAUAGGAUUGGUAGCUCUGCUAUUUGUUUUUCUUAGGUGGAGGGCAAUGAGGCAGAAGUCUUUGGACCAUGUCUCUGCUGACAGGGCCAACUCAGCAAUCAUUGAGCCAGCCUCCAGUGAUGAGCUACUGGGAAAGAAGUUGAAGGAACCAUUAAGCAUCAAUGUAGCCACAUUUGAACAUGCUCUGCUGCGGCUAACUCUAAGCGAUAUCUUGAGAGCUACUGAGAAUUUUAGCAAGGCUCGCAUUGUAGGUGACGGUGGUUUUGGCACUGUCUACAAAGCAGUUCUGCCUGAGGAAUGCAUGGUUGCAAUCAAGAGGCUUUAUGGUGGAGGCCAGUUCCAGGGUGACCGCGAGUUCCUGGCUGAGAUGGAAACAAUUGGGAAAGUGAAGCACCAGAACCUUGUUCCACUGCUCGGGUACUGUGUCUUUGGUGAUGAACGGUUCCUGAUAUACGAGUAUAUGGAAAACGGGAGCCUCGAGAUAUGGCUGAGGAACCGAGCUGAUGCUGUUGAUGUGCUCAGGUGGCCUGUAAGAUUUAAGAUUUGUCUAGGAUCUGCCCGUGGCCUUGCCUUUCUGCACCAUGGUUUUGUGCCUCACAUCAUACACCGAGACAUGAAAUCCAGUAACAUUCUGCUAGACAGAGACUUUGAGCCAAGAGUCUCAGAUUUUGGUCUUGCACGUAUAAUCAGUGCAUGCGAGACGCAUGUCAGCACUGAUCUAGCAGGGACAUUGGGGUAUAUCCCACCGGAGUAUGGAUUCACAAUGAAAGCCACCGUGAAAGGAGACGUUUACAGCUUUGGGGUGGUGAUGUUGGAGUUGCUGACAGGAAGGCCUCCAACGGGAGAAGAGGAAAUGGAAGGUGGUGGAAAUUUGGUUGGUUGGGUAAGGUGGAUGGCAGGGCAGGGAAAGGAGGCUGAGGUGCUUGAUCCAUGCUUGUCAACUGGUGGCCUUUGGAGGGAGCAGAUGAUGCAGGUGCUUGCGGUUGCCCGGGCAUGCACAGCUGAUGAGCCAUGGAAGAGGCCCAGCAUGCUCGAGGUUGUAAAGAUGCUCAAGGAGGUCAAGAUGAAAGAGGCCGGUGACACAGUCACCAGAGAUGUCUGAUCUGCAGGUAUGUGACUGAGGAGAUUCAAAGUAACACAAUCCUUAUCAUCAUGUAUCAUAUUGGAAGUUAGGAUGCAUACAACUAAGCUAAUUGUAGUAAAAUGAAAUGGUAGAUUUUAUAUUUUAUAUGUGGAGGUGACAUUCUAGCUCAGUUAGAUCACUAUAAGGACCACCAAGCUUUCUACAAAUUCACUUGUAAACUUAGCAUCGCUCUAAAAUUUUCCUUUCCUGGAAAAGUGGUUUCUUGUCCUUAAUGUUCCCUCCAGAAAUUAUGAGACUUGGAAUUUGUUUGUUA